AUGCAGAAGAAUAUCACCAUCUGCGUCAUAAUCCUCAUCACCUUGGGAGCAGUAGUAACCUCCUGGUUGGCAUUUCGCUACUGGAGAAGGAGAUUCAAGCAUGAACUGCUGGUGAGCUACCAUAUCGGAAAACAGCGCAUACCAGUUAGGGACCUAGCUCCAGUGCAAGCACCCUCGACAUCGACAUCUAGCUCCGGCGGGCCAGUGGAACGGCUUGAGCGGCCUGCGAAAAAGAAGAGAGAGAAGAGAGUGACACGCGAAUCAAUCGCAGAACCCUUGGUCGUGAGACAGACGAGGGACUAUGUGAACAGACAGCAAGAGACUAUGACUGCUCAUUCUCCUGUCGCUCCUGCUCCCUCUCCUCCCUCUACGCAUACUUCUCCUCCCCCUACCACGAUUACAAGCGCGCCACAAGACAAGGGGAAGCAACGCAAUACGAGUGAGUGGUCAGCCGACGGACUGACGCCAGUUACCGAACAAAGCAGCCCUAGUGCACCCGUGCAGGGGGAAUGGUCAAGCAUGAGCAACGCAGAAGCGUCGUACGAAUGGUGA